CAGCGGACAUCUGACUCCUCUGCACGACGUAAGACGGCAUGUAGUGUAGGAAGAGCAGCUCUGUGCUUCUACAUAACACCGCGCUCAUGUGCUCAUAGGAGUGUUGGCCAUCUUUUUUUCUUUAAUAUUUUCGUCAUUUUCUCAGAUUUAAAAAAAAAAAAAAAAAAAUCCGCGACAAUUAAUAAGCGAUGGCUUUCAUGUUGCUGUGUACGCUUUGCACUUGUUUGUUUAGUGCGACGAUGGGCACGGGCUUCGUUUACCGCCUCCCCGGCAUCACCGUGCAGAGGCAGCGCAUCAUCACCGAGCAGAGUGGCAGCAGCGCGGCACCACCCGGUACCGGAUCACGUGCCCAACUCAGAAACUGGUGUCAGUAUGUUGUCUCAAAGACGGUGUCCUGUCAGGUGCAAAAUGGCACCGAAUCCUCCGUGCAGAGAGUGUUCCAGUCCUGCCGCUGGCCUGGACCUUGUUCCAAAGUCCUCAGCUACAGGACCAUAAUCAGACCGUCUUUUAAGGUUGCCUACAAGCAGGUGACUGCACUGGAGUGGAGGUGCUGCCCCGGGUUUGUUGGCGAGGAGUGUCGUCAAGAGUGCAUGAACUGCACCAUGCUCACUGACAUGAGCCACAGGAUGGCCGCCAUGGAGUCGAAGGUGAAGCAGCUGGAAGAAAGACCUUCCCCAUCACAAACAGCCAACAAUCCACCACAGGGGUCGGCUGAUAACGAGGUGGACGCUCCCAAACCCACACCUAUCGGACCGCCAUUGUACCUGCCGCCAGGAGGAAGAGGCCCUCAAGGCCCUAUUGGACCACCAGGGCCUCCUGGCACAACCGGGCCUGCAGGUCUACCUGGUAUACCAGGCUUUUCUGGACCCAUCGGACCAAAAGGGGACAGAGGUCUGCCUGGUGAAAUGGGUCUGCGUGGCCCACCUGGUCCUCCAGGGCCCCCCGCUGUUCCUUCCAGGUCAUCUACCGUGCAAAUGAGGGGUGAUGUGUUCCAAGUGGAUCAUCAAGAGGAAGACCACAUCCAUCCAGUUGGCCCUCCUGGUCCAGCUGGUCCCAGUGGCCCCCCAGGGCCUCCUGGACCAACAGGACCUCCAGGGAUUCCAGGCAUGCCGGGUCAAGACGGCAAGGAAGGCGACCAGGGAACACCUGGGAUUGUUGGACCUAAAGGAGACGCGGGGGAAAGGGGGCCUCCAGGUGCAAGAGGCGAUCCAGGCCUGGCUGGGCCGGCAGGGCCUAAAGGAGAGCCAGGUGAAGGUUUAGAUGAGGCGGAGGUGGUGCCACAGCUCAGGGAGGCCCUGAAGAUCCUGGCAGAGAGGCUUCUGAUCCUGGAGCACAUGAUAGGCAUUCAUGAAAACCCAGAGGGAUCUGGUUUUGGUGCAGUUUUGGACCCCCUUUCCUUCACCAGCAGAAAGGUCAAGCGCCUCCAGCCCGUCCAAGCUGGCACAUUACAGGAGAGACUUUAAGGCAAUAUUCCAGUGACCAUGGUUUCAUUUUUCUCACACUUUUAUCGCCCUUAUUUUGAAUCCUGGUAAAGAUCUGAGUGAGUUGGACAUGAUGCUGCAUUGGGUCGGAGUCUACACAAGUGUAGUAGCAGCACUCCCAUGGUGUCAGACAGUGAAAUAUAACCCCAUAAACUCUUAUGAGGGUCUUGGCUUCUUUCUUUCCACAGAUAAAAGAGGGCCUAGUAAACAAAUCACUUUUCUGGCUCACGCUCCCUCGCAGAGCUCCCCAGGCUGCGACAGGCCAGUUCCUGAGACCUAAAAACUAUACUGUUCAGUGUCGAACUUGUUCUUGGACCGUCUUCACGGGUCUUCCCAUGUCGGCCCACCUGCGUUUCCGCUUUCCUCCGCCUCGUUAAAUGGGAGCUGGGACGCGACACGCUGCCAGCAGUGUCUGCUUGCGAUGAGAGUUAGCUGGAACUGCACAUCUGGCGAGUGCACAUCUGGAAAAGGAGAGAGAGACAAUCUCUCCUGCGUGGUUUCACACAACCUGACAGGAUUACAUCUUCAUCUUUGUUUGACGACCUCAUGUUGUCAAGAGAAACCAGUCUCUGAUGAGAUGCAGAGACUGUGUCAUUUUGGUUGUUGCUAAAAUGAUCCAAACACUGACCACAUUUUGAGUCCAAGUUCAUUUUUAUUUGGUAUCUUUUAGCAUUAGACUGGAAGAGGAUGUCUGGUGACCUUUCCAAGGUGUAGUUGAUGUGAUAGGCUCCAGCUUCCCCACAACCAUGCACAGGAUAAACCAGCACCUUGCAAAGUGCGGCACAGUGACUUUACUCUCUAUAAUAUAAUAUACAGUACAGGCCAAACGUUUGGACACACCUCAUUCAAUCUUUAUUUUCAUGACUAUUUACAUUGUGGAUUGUCACAUCAAAACUAUGAAUGAACACAUGUGGAGUUAUG